AGCACCAAUCAGUAGAAUGAGAACUUAUGCUUCACUUAACAAUAUCUUUAAAGUUCGUAAUUCACAUGCCACUGUUACACCUUCACCAUUACAUUCAACAAGCAAUUCACCAGUACUUGAUAGUCAUUCUGCUUUACUUUCACCUGAUUCGGGUUAUGAAAUCCUUGAUCCAAUGCUCACUGAUCUUGCUUCACCUAAAUCUUCUUCUUGAUCUUCAUCAUAAAUUAUCUUGUAUCAUACCUUUUUUUUUUGUUACAUUUUUCUAUUUUGAUUUUUUUUUACUGUUUUCAUUCCUUUUUUGACAAUUGAAAAAUCUGUAUCGUGUUUAAUUUUUUUUUCUUAUAAAUCAUUGAUUAUUUUGUUUUGAUUGUUCUUUUUUUCGGUUCUUCCAUACACUCAUUCUAUUCAAAAAAUUGAGGUUGGUUACAUGUUAAAUUAGUUUGUCCUUUGAUUUCUUUGAUUCUUUUUUCGACUAGAUAAACUUUAGUUGAAAUGGUCAAUCAAUUUAAUCUUAUCUAUAUAAAAAAAUCUCAUCAAUGUGUUAAUGAUUUCUUUUGAAUUUCUUUCUAUAUUUUUCUUGUUUUUUUCUGUUGUUUUUUUCAUUUGACUUGAUGUUUAUAGAAUGUGUAUAGCAUAUUAGUUUUUUUUAUUAUCUUACAUUUCUUGAAAAUUUAAAAACUCAAAAACUCAUUUUGACUUCUGUUUU